AUGACUACCAAAAUCAACUCAAAAAACCUGUCUUACGACAACUCAGCACCGCCCUUCCUUGCCGCACUGCGCGCUCAAGCCGCUGGCGCAAGAGGUCCGGAUCCAAUCCUCGCCGCGCAACGGAGGUCAGCCAAGAAGCGCUCCAGCAGCGAGGAAGCCGAAGAUGCGCCUCUAGUCGUUGAUGAAGACGGCAACGUUGUGAGUCUCGAGGUCGACAAGGACGGAGUCGUCAAAGACAAGGGAGACCAAGACCCGGAGCCUGCCGAGGUGAAAGAAGCUACCAAAGAGUCUGAGAACAAGGCCGCCAUCGGUGGAAGAAAACGCAAAGUCGGAAAAGUUGUCGGUGAUGCUGCUGAUGAAACCAAGACGGAGGGGGAUGAUAAGAAAAAGGAUGUCUCUGAGAAAGAGUCUGCAAAGAAUCGCAAACCAAAGAAGAAGGCCAAAAAGAUCAAGUUGAGCUUUGACGAAGAUGAAGGUUGA